AUGCCCACAAUCCCUCGCCUAUCAAUCGAGUUUGUGUUCGUCCCCACCCCGCCCAUCCCCAAAGGUACACAGAAAAAAGACAGAGAUAAGCAAGAAGAAAAAAAAACUAGAGAAAGAAAGGAAGAGGAUCAUGGAUAUGGAAUUGUUGCAAGGGAAUUUGUUGUAGACAAGAACAUCCGAGACGUGGGGAAUCCGUUUCACUGCCCGCCGAAGCCCCUUCGCCGUCAGAGCUGCUGUUUUGCCAACCGCCGGAAAGCGCCGCCGCCCCUCGCCGUCGAUAGCAUUGCCCGAAGCCUCCCGCGGUCAACUAACCCCCUCUCCGGCACCGCAUGCUACCCAGGAAGCUUCCCCGCCUGUCGGUUUCGUCUCUCCGUCGCCGUAGACGCGAACCCGUCGAGCUCCGAUCUUCGGCGACGAACCUCCUCUUCGUCGCCGACCGCCGCCAAGAUCUCCCCGCCCGUCAAGAACCCCCUGGCUCCAAUUUUGGUGAAGUAUCCCUCGAGUCUGUCACUGACAGCAUACUCGUACCUUUUUGGAGCUAUUUUAAUGGUUAUUUCAGGAGUUUUUGCAACAAAUGAUAAUGGCGAUUGGAGUUUGACUCAAUCUGAGUUUGCUGCUGUUGUAUAUGCUGGAGUCAUGGCAUCUGCUCUUAAUUAUGUUUUACUGACAUGGUCCAACAAAAUUCUGGGCCCUGCUAUGGUGGCACUUUAUAACCCUCUUCAGCCAGUGGUCUCUGCUCUAUUGGUUUUUCUGGGAAGCCCAAUUUACCUUGGAAGUAUUAUUGGAGGGCUUCUAAUCAUCUAUGGUUUAUACCUUGUCACCUGGGCACGGCAUAGAGAAAAGCUGACUGGCAUAGGAAUAUCUUAUGUAAAAUGUGCAUCAGAAUCUCGCGACGGUGCUUCUCAUGUCUUGAAGAGUGGAAACUUGGCCUCCGGGCCCUUUAUAUCUCUUGCUAGGCUGUGGAAUGUGCCACAUGAAUCUUGAGAAGUUGAUGAUCUGAGUCUGAGAUAUUACCUCCCUUACUGAGAUUAUAGAUACAAGAAAACAUGCUUUAGAAAGAGUGAAAUCCUGCAGAGAAUAUUCUAGUGAAGAUAUGUAGUAUUAUCUUGUAAGAAUGUCGUGUGCCCUCCUAGGAGCAAUUAGGUUUAUGUGAGACUUACACCAAAUACAAAGUCAGCUUUACCGGCUAAGUGAAAGCAAAAGCAUAUCUCCUUUUAAAAUUUCUUCUACACACACAUGAAAUUUGUAGCCAGCUCUGACAUAUGUUCCAAGUGAGGAAAAGUUAAUCUGUAUAUCAGUGAAGUGUCCACAGUCCAUAACAUGUCUCAUAUAUAGUAAGCUCACUGUGGAGUCUCAAGCCCUAACGCAUUUUACAUGCGUAUCAAUUUUGUUUUAUCA